AAAAUGCAUUAUGGCGUUGACAAAUCGCUUUCUCUCUCGUAUUUAUAUACAAGGAUGGUAUGUGGAGGCUUUUCUAUGCAUUAGAUUUCCUCAUUGGAGACGGAAGUGAAACCGUAUCUUGUGUAGUUCUCGUCUGUUUUUUCCUCUCUUUUAGUUCCUCUGGUAGUUGGGUUUUCAGAUACAGAUAUGCCUUAGAUUGUUGUUUUUUAUUUUCAGAAAGCAGCCAUCUUUAGAUUCUUUUGGUGUUUUUUUCUGUUGGGUUUUGGUUGGUUCGUUAGAUAUUCCUUGAAUCGUUUGAUUCUCGUAAAAAAGCAGCUUUCUUUAGUACAAUUUUGUGUUUUUUUAAAACUUGGGUGGGUGUUCUCUUUCUGGGUUCGUCUUUGGUUCUUGAGAUAUUCCUUGGGUUUUUGUUUCUUAUAAGAAAGCAGCAAUCUUUAGCUGAAUUUGGUGUCUUUCUUUCAAUUGGGUGGCCGUUUUUUGUUGGGGUUUUUUCGAAAGAAGUUUUGGUUUAAAGAAGGUAUGAGUAAUCCAAUGAGGCCGAGGAUGAAGGUAACGUUCCAUCUGGCUUACGAUCGGGGAUAAACGAUCUGACCCAUUUGGCAUUUUCACAAUUUAAAACGUUUUUCUUUUUAGUUUUCAAUCAGUUCUUGUUUGGAUUUUUUGAUAACAGAGAAGAUAUCGAAUGAGGGUGGUUUGAAUUCUGUUUGAGGUAGAGAGGUUAGUACUUCAACACUGAAAAAUCUCUGUUGGUUCUCAGUUGAGAAAGUUCUGCCGGGUUUAUAAUAGAAUUUGAAGCUCAAAGACUCUGAUUUGCUUUGUGUUCUUGUCAAAGUUAUCGAUUUUUGAAAGUUUUCAAAUGGAAGGGGAUGUUUCAUAUGUUUUAUCUCUUUAAGGAUUGAACAUAAAAGGUUUAAAACCCAGAAUUUUAUUCCCUUUGUUCCUCAUCGAGAAAUUCCAAUAUAUGGAGAUUUUAUGCUGGGUUUGUGAUUGAGUUUGAAGGUCGAAGACUCUAAAUUACUUCGAUUUUUCUCCUGAGAAUUUGUCGAUUGCAGCAUAAGAGUCUUGAAGCUUGAAGAAAUUAAACUUUGAUUUCUUUUACUUGUUUCUACUCAACCGGUGAUUCUGAUAAGCUUGUAAUGGAGAAAAUUGAAUUCGGGAAGGGUAAACGAACCAAAUUGGGACAGAUUCUGCAGACUUUGGCGCGUUCGCGGUCAAUCAGCAGUGUUAAAAGGUCAUCAGGGAUCCCUUCUGGUCCCAUGUCAAAGAGCAAAUCGUGGCCCCGGGCCACUAAUACAGGCAAUGAUAAACACUGCCCAAAACACCGGGUUGCACCCGAAGGUUGCUUCUCUGUAUAUGUUGGUCCUGAGAAAGAACGCUUCGUGAUCAAGACGGAAUACGCCAACCAUCCUCUCUUCAAGAUGCUACUAGAGGAGGCUGAGAUGGAAUAUGGGUACAACAGCUGUGGGCCUCUGGCGCUGCCCUGUGGCGUCGAUAUUUUUCACAAGGUCUUGUGCGAGAUGGACAGUGAUGAAAUCCCCAGUGGAUGCAAUUUCACCAAGGGAUAUGCCGGGUAUCAGCUUCUCAGCCCAUCUCGGGCUGGGGCCGCAAUGCACUGAUCUGCUUUUAUGUGGAGUUUCUUAGGCAUUUCUGUGUAGUGAAAUGUUUCAUGGCCAUUAGCUAGAUUCAGUUCUUGUUUCCAUGUACAUAGCAAGGGAGGUUGUUCAUAUCAUUUCUACUACAUCCAAGGCCUGUGUAAUCCAAUCUGGCUAUGUAUGAGAAUAAAGAGGUGAAGAUCUUCUUCUAAGAUCUUCUUUUAUUUGAA